CUCGCGCCGCAUCAGCGCAACGCGAUUGGGUCCGAGACUUCAGGUGCUAUUUGAAUCAAUGGCGGUAGGCCGGACUUGAAAGGUCUGGUCCUCUGGAAAGUCGACAAGUCAAAAAGUGCACAGGCCAAAAUUGGAGUUAUCUCCUGAAUGCUUGACGGUGGUGGACCCUCGUGACAGCGUCCGAGCACCCCCAAAGCAAAACUGAAAUGCCCAAAAGAGCACCUCCCAGCACCGUUGAGCCACCCAAGAAGAAAGCCGUGAAGAAGGCACCAAGGGUAGCUGCCAAUGGACACCGGUUACCAGAUCCCCUGCCUGCUGGUGAGGUCCUCACGGACCUCUUCAGAAAGCAGUGGCGCCUCGGCAAAGCGGUGGGCUUGGGCGGAUUUGGGGAGAUCUACCUAGCAUCUGACGAAGUCUCCAAACCCGUGGAUGCCAAUGCGGCGUACGUCAUCAAAAUUGAACCUCACAGCAACGGCCCACUCUUCACUGAAAUCAACUUCUACCUCCGAGUGGGAAAAGCUGAACAGAUUGAUCAGUGGGUGAAGCAGAGGAAGUUGGAUUACCUCGGCAUGCCCCGCUUCCGAGGUUCCGGCUCUCACGAACACAAUGGCGUGAAAUACCGGUUCAUGGUGAUGGACAGGUUUGGUGAGGACCUGCAGAAGAUCCUUGACCGGCAGGGCAAGACUCUUCCCCUGAAGACUGCCUUCAGCCUCGGGAUGCGUGUGAUUGACGUGUUGGAGUACGUCCACAGUUACGAAUAUAUUCAUGCCGACGUCAAGGGAUCCAACCUUUUACUAGGUUUCGGCAAAGGCAACGAAAACAAGGUGUACCUGGUGGACUUUGGUCUGGCCUGUCGGUACACACAAAACGGCAAACACAAGGAGUACAAGGAAGACCUCAGGAAGGCGCACGACGGCACGAUCGAGUUCACGAGUCGUGACGCCCACAUUGGUGCGCACUCGCGAAGGGGUGACAUAGAGAUCCUGGGAUACAACCUGCUCCAGUGGCUGUGUUGCCGACUUCCCUGGGAGGACAACCUCAAGAACCCAGAGUACGUCAGCCAGCAGAAGAGCAGGCUGAUGGAAGACAUCCCCUUGCUGAUGAGCAAAUGCUUCCCCCAUGGGGACAUUCCAUGCGGCAUUACGGAGUUCCUCCAGUAUGUGGCCUCCAUGAAAUUCGAAGACACGCCCGACUACAAGCGGCUAAAGAGGAUCCUCGAGAAGGGCAUCCAGGCGGCUGGUUUCAAGCCUGACGGCCGGCUACUAUUCACGCCACCAAGGACGCCGCGGCGAAACUCCUUCUCGCCAAAGGUGUGUUUCUGUGCCUCCCCUAUGGAGCUCAUCAUGGCAAAGUGGCAACCAAAGAAGCCCGUGCUGCAAGAGAUCAUCCUCGCCGAGGAGAGCAUGGAGGACGAGAGCGGGGAGGAUGAGAACGUCGCGGAGAAGCCGCCACCAGCAAAGCUUGCCCGCGGCCGCACAACGCCGGUCCGGAGGAACAAUCGCCGGUCACCCGCGGCGUCCAAGUCUGCCUCGGGCCUCAGCGACCUCGUCAAGCCCGAGCCCGAGCGAAAGCCAGCGAAGAAGAAGGCGGUCUCGGCUCUCUCGGCCAGGACGAGCUCUAAAGACUCGCGGAAGAAUGGCUUCUGUGAGGACAGCAACAGCAUGGGCCUGGACAACCCAACACCAGCCAUGUUGGAGGUGCUCCAGCGCAAGCAGGCCCUGCUGGCCCAACAGCAGGAAGGGUUGCUGCCUUCGAAUGGCCGCAAGCGUUCCAGUACCUCUCCGCCGGCAAACCACUGCCCGUCGCCGCCGUGGGGGGAUGGUUCCCUCUCGCCCGUCGAGACCUGCGACCGCGCCGUGCAGGCGGAUGACAGCAACGCACCUCGACCGACGAGAAAUGACCGGGCAGCUCGGAAGCGUCUGCUACGUACCACCUGUUCCACCGCCUGUCAGACCGAGGUGUCCAACGCGGUCUAGAGGCGGCGGCAGUCAAGAAGGCAGUGUUCGGUGCGGAGUCAAAAAAAGAAGUUGCGAGUGGUUCCGAGCAUUGCUGUGUGCGUAUGUGCGUGAGAGACGUCAAAAAAAAAGAAAGGUCACCAUGUUUUCCCUUCCCCAAGGCUUUCAUCGACCGACCUCUUCUUCAAUAGAGCCGAGUUUCUUCAAAACGGCCACGUUUGCCAGCGUGUACAGACUUGUUGUGCUGCUCUGUGGCGCGCCUGCAGUUGUUUUUAAAGAAAGACACUUGGACGAACGAAUCCAAUCCAGUCCUUAGCUGCCCAAUCCUAGCAUUCUCUAACUCCCCUUUCUCCCACCUGUUCUUUUUUAUUUUUUAUUUUUUUAAAGAUCUUCUCCCUCACUUUACAUUGACUAUGGGUAUGUGAAGUCAUACAUACCGUUCAGACACUUUAUUAGGCUUUUUUUUUCAUGUAGUCGCCUGCCAUUUGCUCUGGCCGUUUUGCGGUGGUCUUGUACACAGGGGUCCACUGUUACAGGGAACAUCGGAGCGUGUGGCGGCAGCUCGGCGCCACAGCCGGUCAGCGGCUGCAACGAGUUUUGCGCAGUGCACGCUGUGAGUCGUGCUCUUUCGUCGUCUGCUUCCACGCUGCGAAUCGUCGCGAAGUCAACCGUUGACGUGACGAAAGAGCACCGGGCACGGUGCUCACUGCGUCUGCGCAAAUCUCGUUGCAGCCGGUGGUGGCGCCGAGCUGCCGCCACACGCUCCAAUGUUCCCUUUAACAGUGGACCCCUGUGUACAAACGUCUUGCCCGUAGUUGUACAUAGAUGUUGGGCAUUUCAUCUUGGUGUUGCCAGGGCACGUCAUUGCAUUUUUUUUUUCUUUUUUACUCCUCUUCCUGCGUUACCAUUUUGUUUUGAAGUAGCUCAUUUUUUAAAGAAAAUAAAAAAAAAAACUUGCUAGCCUUGGUGUU